AUGCGGCGCGUACGCGAGCGCGAACACAGAGUUCCGCACGUCACUUUCUUAUCGAUACGUACGAAGUACGCGACCGCACCACGCGAGCCCGCCUCGCUAACUGAGCCGCGAGCACUCACCGCCACGUUAUCACCGCUCAUGAUAAUAUUCACUACCAGCACCUACCGUCUUAAUGCAUUCCUUCUGACCACAAUGUUUACGCAUGCCGUGCCCUGGCAAACACGCCGAUCUACUCACUAUAGUUCACAGUUCGAACUGCGAACUACCAAACUCAGCAAAGCAAAACAACAGUGA